GACGAGAUUUUUCGGUAGCAGACGGGGCAAGGAUUUCAAAUAGCCAAAACGCAUCGGCAACGGAGGGAGUACGAACGUGAUGUAUGGUCUACUCCUGGCUGUUUUAUAGCAGGCACCCCCAUGGUGCAGUGAUGAGCCCUCAAAAAUCCUUUAACGCUCUACGUAAUCUUAUGCAUGUCUAUAUUAAAGCGUCGAGAUGCGAGUUUAUUUGACAGUGUGUAUGCGUGCAGUAUUUGAGUGGGUCGGACAUAAUUCUCUUCGCUAACGUGCGCUCCAAUACAAAAAUGUCAACAUUGUGUAGAAUGAUAUCGAUCAGCUGAGAAGACAGUUCCACCGAGUUGUGAAGAAAAGUUGAAGAAAGUUUUAAUUAAACUACAGACAACUUAAACAUCAUGGAGCGGUUACACUCUUUGUGGAUAGUCAUAUUAUUGUGUGCGACAAAUGUAUGCUCUCAGGAAAAAUGUCCCGAAAAAUGUGUGUGCAUAAGAGGUUCAACCGUGCGCUGCAUGUUUCUGCAGUUGGAUCGAGUGCCUUCAGGAAUUCCCUCGACUACAACAGUUUUAGAUUUAAGAUUUAAUAGAAUAAGAAACAUUCCAAGAGGAACUUUUAAAGAAUUAGGAAAAAUUACCACUUUAUUGAUUAAUAACAACCAGAUACAAAGUUUGGAGAAUGGAGCAUUUGAAGGCUUAUCAAAACUAAGAUAUUUAUAUUUGUAUAAAAAUCAAAUAAAAUCUAUAGAAAGCCAAGCUUUCAGCGACUUAAAAAGUCUUCAACAAAUAUUCUUACACCAUAACAAAAUACAGACAAUUCUGCCUGCUUUGUUUUCACAUUCCCAUUAUCUAAGAAGAUUACGAUUAGACUCUAACUUGCUUAGCUGUGAUUGUAAUAUGAAAUGGUUAUCCACCUUUUUGAGGACUAAUACAGGGAAAAUCCAUGCAACCGCAGCAUGUCACAGUCCAGCCAAUCUCAAGGGGAGACAACUCAGUCAGCUUACAGAUGCAGACUUCGGCUGUGACACCCCCCACUUCACAAUGGAACCUCGGGAUGCGAUAAUCACUAUGGGAAAUACUGCCUACUUUUCUUGCCGUGCAGAAGGAAAAGCAAGCUACAAGAUCUCUUGGCUCCAUAAUGAUGCAGAAGUAAACCUGCAGGACAACAGAGUGUCUAUGUUGAACGAUGGAACGCUUAUGAUCCACAACACGGUAGACUCCGAUAAAGGGACAUACCAAUGUGUGGUCCGAACGCCAAACCAAGAAAUCCGGACCAACAAAGUUCAGCUCACUUACUCCAGAGCUCCCCCUUCUAUGCUCACUACCCCUUCUGAUGUUAGUGGUCAGGUGGGUCGUUCUGUUCGUCUGUCCUGCCAGGCUACAGGAAUCCCCCCUCCCACCAUUACAUGGAAAUUCAACGACAACACCAUCAUACCUGGCAGAAAACAUGCUGUGGAUACAGUUGGAAAUUUAGACAUUACCAACUUGCAGACAUCAGAUCAAGGGGUGUACACCUGCCAAGCCAGCAAUGCUGAGGGUUUCGCUGUUUCUCAUGCUAGAGUUACUGUCCAGGGGGAGGCACCAGUUUUAGUACAGCAGCCCUCCGACCUGUCCCUUACGGAGGGAGACACUGCCAGAUUCACCUGUGACGUCUCAGGAAACCCACGACCAAACAUCACAUGGUUCAAAGGAAAUACUGAAGUCUUGUCCACCGAGAGACGAAUUCAGAUUGUAAAUGAAGGGAGACAACUCCGUAUUGUUUUACUGCAGUCUACAGACAGGGGAACAUAUACAUGUAGGGGAGAGAACUCUGGUGGAACAGUGCAAGGGUCAGCCAGACUGACAGUCACUCAGACUGCUGUGCCCACCAAUAACAGAGAACAUGACACGGAGGGAGGACCUGGGGAAGACAUCACCCUACUGUGUGCGGAGGACGGGGAUCCACUUGAAGCCACCAGGUGGAUCAGGAAUGGGGCCACCAUUUCACCAGGCCCCAAAUACUCUCUUCAGGGGAAUCGCCUCACGAUAAGACGUCUUGCGCAGUCUGACUUCGGACGAUAUGAGUGCUUCCCUGAAAACACCCUGGGAUUUGCAAGGAAUGUUGUCAACUUGAACGUUAGAGUUAGAGAAAUCCAGACGAAUUAUUCAGGCCACUCCUUUGUGAAUCCGGCUAUUCAGCAGGCCACCAAUCGGGUGGAUGUGGCCAUCAAUCAGACAAUCAAGAAUCUCUUCAACAAAAAUCGUACACACUCCGUCCAGGACCUCAUCACCAUAUUCCGGUACCCAUCAGCUGAUGCUCUUCGGUUAGCCAGGGCCGAGGAAAUAUUUGAGCAGACGUUGGAUAUCAUUCAGCGACAUGUUGAUGGUGGCCACAAGUAUAAUCUUAGUGAUAAAGCAUCCAGUUACAAGGAGAUUCUCUCCCCUGGUCAUUUAGAACUGAUUGCCAACAUGUCUGGAUGCUUUGCCAAUCCACGGAUUGUCCGCUGCUCAGAAAUGUGUUACCACAAGAGAUUCCGAUCCAUGGAUGGCUUGUGUAACAAUCUCCAUAGUCCAACUUGGGGAGCAUCCGUUAUUGCUCUGCAAAGAAUGCUUCCUCCCAUCUAUGAAAAUGGAUUCAAUACACCAGUGGGUUGGAACCCCAAUAAACUAUACAAUGGUUACCACUUGCCAAGUCCUCGACUGGUGUCAUCUUUCCUGAUGUCCACUGACCAUGUGACAAUGGACGAACACAGCACUCACAUGUUAAUGCAGUGGGGUCAGUUUCUGGACCAUGACAUGAGCCUGACCCCUCAGUCGGUCAGCAAUGCACGCUUUAGUGAUGGCCGUUACUGCAACGAGACGUGUGAGAAUCAGUAUCCAUGUUUUCCCAUCACCGUUCCCAGGAGUGACACGCGCAUUCAACAUGCGUCUUGUCUGGGUUUCUCCAGGAGCAGUGCUAUUUGUAAUUCCGGAAGUACAUCAGUGUUUUACAAAACUUUUGCACCAAGACAACAGAUCAAUGCAAUCACAGCAUUCAUUGAUGCAAGUUCUGUCUAUGGAAGUAGUGAUUUUGAAGCACAAAGGUUAAGAGAGUUUUCAAAUGGACGUGGACUUCUGAGAGUGGGUGUGUUGUCCAGAAAUAAUAAAAGACUUUUACCAUUUGAUACAGGCAAUUUUCUUCAUCAUUUUGAUUGCCAAAUCGAACCCAGUAAAAGACAUGUUCCUUGUUUUAGAGCAGGAGAUAACCGCGUGAAUGAACAUUUAGCCCUCACUGCAAUGCAUACUUUGUGGGUGAGGCACCACAAUUAUAUAGCUACUGAACUCCUAGAAGUAAACCCCCACUGGGAUGGAAAUAUAUUGUAUCAUGAAACGAGGAAAAUUCUUGGUGCCAUGAUGCAGCACAUUUCUUACAAAUUCUGGUUACCACAGAUUAUUGGUAAGUCAGGAAUGGAAAAGCUUGGAUCAUACAACGGAUAUGACUCGAGUGUUGACCCUUCCAUUGCAAAUGAAUUUGCUACAGCAGCAUUCAGAUUUGGUCACUCUCUAGUCCAACCAAUCAUGUUCAGACUCAAUGAAAGUUUUGCCCCCAUUCCUGAAGGAAAUUUACCAUUACACAAGGCUUUCUUUUCACCGUACAAAAUCUUAGAAGAGGGAGGCAUUGAUCCAUUAUUGAGAGGAUUGUUUGGCAUGUCCGCCAAGAAAAGGAUGCCUGAGGAGGUGAUGAACAAAGAACUGACGGAGAAACUCUUCUCCCUGGCUAAUGCUGUGGGGCAGGAUCUGGCCUCACUGAAUAUUCAGAGGGGUAGGGACCAUGGUCUGCCAUUUUACAAUGAGUACAGACAUAUCUGUGGUCUGUCGAGAGCCACCAGUUUUGAUGACCUUGCGAGUGAGAUGCCACAGCGAAGUGUCAGGGAAAAACUUCAGGCAUUGUAUGGACACCCAGACAACAUAGAUUUGUUUGUGGGAGGCAUGGCUGAGAAACCUUUGGAUGGAGGAAAAGUAGGUCCAACAUUUUUGUGUAUCAUUGUGGACCAGUUCAAAAGGGCAAGAGAUGGGGACAGAUUCUGGUAUGAAAAUCCAGGUGUAUUUGAGCCAAACCAGUUAGCAGAAAUCAAGCAGGUUACUCUAGCUCAGAUUAUGUGUGAGAGCAGUGAUGGCAUUCAGCGUGUUCAGAGAGAUGUGUUUGUGAAGGCUGAUAGUGAUGCAGAUUACCUCGAGUGUUCUAAAAUUCCAAAAUUGAAUCUGAAAGUCUGGUCUGAAUGUUGUACAAACUGUGAGAAAUCCGGAAAUUUCCAAUCCCUGACCAACCAUUUCCGGCGAGGGCAGAAUACUCAGUUUUCUCAUCGUGAAGAUCGGGAACACAACACCACCCUGUUGUCCCGACCUUCAACUGACCGCUCCCAGAUACGUACACUCAACGACCAAAUGUCAGUCAUCGACUCCAAAUUCUCAAAAAUGGAAAAUGAAAUCAGAGGUCUUACAAAGACAGUGGUAACACUGAAAAGAAAGUUGAAGAAAGUGAACAAGUAUAUGAGGAAGACUCGUAAGGGCUGUUACGACAACAAAGGGCAGAAAAGGAAAAACUUAGACAGAUGGACUGUCAAUAACUGUAAGACCUGUGCCUGCCGGGGAGAUCAAGUUGAGUGUACAAAACAAACGUGUCCAGUUCUACCAUGUGCCAGCCCUAGAACAGUUGUAGGCCGGUGUUGUCCCAUAUGUUAGCAGACAGACACACCACAUAGACAUCAUAAGGUGGUGCAUGACAGAAAUUUGUAAAGGCUGCAUAUGAGGAGUCUCAAUAGAGUGAUGAAAAAAGAAGGAACAUCUGUGAUCAAAGUUUGCACAUGUGUAUUCUAAAGUGCAAUAAGGAACAUGUACAUCAUUUGUGAAAGUGAGUGUUUUAUGAAACGGAGACAACUGAUGACACAUGACUAUUAUAUUUUAUGUAUACGAGUUAGAAAGGUGAUAAGUGAUUGCAUUUUUUAUAAUCAUUACUUGAAUGUCUCAUGUAUGAAAGGUAAAAUCUGUCUAUAUUUCAAUGUCUUCACGUGUACAUGUUGUAUUCUGUCAACAUUCAGUAUGGUACAUGUAUGUACUACAUGUAGUCGCUUUUUUUUUCAUGUUUAAUAUUAAUAGUUUUGUGCAUUUUAUUUUGUAUACUUGGCCCCUUCUGCUAUCCAUUUAUAUAUAAUAUCUGUGUUCUUUCUCCCUCUGGCAAAGAAAAGAAGAAGAAAGUUUCAAGUAUCUGGUUUUUGCCCUUUUUGUUUCAAUUACAGGUUCACUAGAAGGGUCAUUUAAUGCCUCGUUCACGCGAAGAAUUUAAUUCGCAUUAAACGUAAGUUAAUGCGAAUUAAAUCUGAACCGCGUACACACACAGAUUUUAAUGCACAUUAGUUUACUUCGAAUUGAAAUUUACGUCGGGAUAAAAUGCAAAUUAAAUUUACUUCGCAUUAGCUCCGUGUGAACACAAAGCGAAGCUAAUUCGCAUUGAAUAUACACGCAUGCGUAAUGGCAAAUUUGGGUCACAUGCAUCAUAUCCAUGGUCAGCUAUGUAUGUUAGUGUUAGUUUUGUGCGAAAAAUUAAUUAAAAUGAUAAUAAUCACUAAAAAAAACAUGUACAAACAGUAUGUCAUUAGAUAAUGUCAGACGUAAAUCUGUGCUCUGCAUAGGCAUAUUGAGUAAUACAUAUGGAAGGAAUUGCUUUAAACUAAGACAAAAAUGCUUAAAUUAGUGAAAAUAUGAUUUUAUUUUUUUUUUGAUUUUUUUGAUUUUUGAUUUUUUUUAAUACAUUUUUUAAAAAACAAAUAUGCCGCUCAUUGUUAUUUUUUUUAUACUAUAUGACAUCAUAGUAGACUUAUAAUACGUAUUAGUAAUUAAAAGUUAUGUCACAACAGUAGUCAGCGAAAUGGUGAAAGAGUCGUUUCGAGGUUUUUUAAACUGGGUUCACGAAGAAGCAAUACAUUGUCUAGAAUGAAUGCUGGUCGUCAGAGGAAAUAACAAGUAAUUUCUUGAGAACAUAUAGAAACAAACACGAGAAAUCUCCUUGUGUGUAGAUCAGUUACAUGUACAUUGUAAACAUGUACACUAUAUAUAGGCCUAGUGUUUUGAACAAUGAAUUCUGUAUCUACCCAAUUUUCAUCAUACAGUAAUAUAGAAUAAAAAUAAUUUUCAAUAAUAUAGUCUAUCCUUUAAUUCUUUUCCCACACCCUUUAAUUUAGAGAUGCAUACGAAUUUAAUGCGCAUUAGUUUAAUUCGCAUUAAAUAUUACCGCUGUGUAAAUGCUAUUUCAUUCGAAUUAAUUUAAUGCGCAUUAUUUUACUUCACAUCAAAUGCGCAUCCGUGUGAACGAGGCAUAAAGCUCUGAUCGGUGGUUUAGUAGUAUUGGUUGUGUUGCAUGCACUAUGUCUACCUCAGUCCUACCUUAUCUGGAUAAUAAACACAGUCAUUAAAAUUAUGUACCGUCAUUUUAAAAUCUAUAUUUUGUAUCCUGUCAUUUUAAAAUAUACAGCUUUCAAAAUGUCCAAACUACAUAGUGUUGUAUUUUAUGUGUACUUUACAGUUGGGGAAGUUUUUGAAAGAAGUUUGAUUAUUAUUUCCAUUUUGGAAAAAAACACUCUAGUACUGAAAAAUUAAACUUUUUAAACUAGGUAAAAGGUGGUAAAAUCAAGAAAAAUUUGCGGAAGAAAAUAGUAAACAGCAUCAUCUGCACUCUUUCAUUUAAUUCUUACCCAGACAACACAACCCCAUGUGGCUCAGUGGCCCCCAAUAUUAAAAUACUCAAUGGAUUUUGAUUUUAUACCAUUUAUGUGUGUAUUGUAUGCUUUUAGCAGAAUUUCAUCUUUAACAAUUGAAUUUCAUAGAGUUCAACUGAUAAUAUGACAAUUGAUGCCUCUUUUAUAAGUGUGCAAGCCCUUUUAAUUAAGGUUUUACAUGUUCAUUGCAAAUUUAAUGACUUUCAUACUACUCAUAACUCAUUAACAAAUUGGUGCUUUUUCUAUGUGUCAUGUGAUUAAGUGUAAAAAAUUUCCAUGUUGUAACAAGAAAUGGAUAUUGCUGGUUUCUCUGUUAUUAGUACAACAUACCAAAGACUCAUUUGGAGCAAAGUAACAUAAUUACGCUAAAGAUCUUAAAAUGUUCAUUAGGAAACUGCUAUGCUGCAUGUUUUAUUGUGUUGCUUUUUUAAUCUGGAAUGUCUCUGAAAGCUUUCACAACCCUCUCUAUAAAGCAGAUAUAUAUAUAUAUAUAUAAUAGCUAAUUUGUUUAGUUCUACAGCAAAAAAUCCCAGCAACAAAAUGUAAACAACGUAGCAUAUAGACUGGUUCAUUCUAAAACUUUAACAUUCUGUUGAAGUGAGUUUAUCAUUUUUUAAUAACAUUUUUAGAUAUCUAAUGCUGAUUGAGGAGCAAAACUACGUCACUUUUCUUUCUGUUUUUGUACAACUCUAGAAAUGUGAACAGUAUGAUGAGAUCUGUAUUUGAUUUACAUGAUUGAUAUUGUUUCUAUGGAAUGGAAAACCUCAAAAUAUAUAGUUUACAUUUCAUGAAAAAUAUAUGACUAUGUACUUUUUUUUAUAUUUACUUGAAUAAAUUUCAACAUAAAAA